AUGGCAACUGAAUCAAAUCAGUCGGAAAAUGGCAAGGAUAAAAUCCCAGCAUGCCAGUCCUGUCGACGAAAAAAGGCGAAAUGCGAUCGCGAACAGCCAUGCGCGCAGUGCGUGCGCUUCAAUGUGGACUGUCUCUACGACGACGGCCGUCUGAAACCGGGUCUGCGGGCUGGCGCUGUUGAGCAAUUGCAACACCGUGUCGAGACACUGGAGAGCAUGUUCAUCGGCCAAGGCUUCCUAUGGCAAAAGAUGUGGAACUCUAUGAACCCCUCGUCUGCAGAAUGUCGUGCAAAUACCUCGAGCCUUGACCAGUAUCGUCAGCGGGUAAAGGAUUUAUUUCUACAAAUGACACCAGAAGACGAAGAGUCUCCUCCCCUACAAGGGCAUUAUGGUGAACAAGAUGGCGAAGCAAGCUCUCAGCAAGAUGCAUACCCAAUUAAACGUCGAAAACCCAAUCCACAAUCGAAAUCCACACCGUCGACCUACGCAUUGAGUGAACAUGAUCUUCCACCUCAGGAAUUAAUGAAUGAGCUGGUCGAGUUUUACUUCGCCAACGUGCACCACUGGAUUCCAAUUUUACAUGUAAAAAAAUUCCGCCAACAGAUUCAAACACCUGAGGGUUGGGAGAGUGCUACUCAAAUCUUGCAUGCCAUUGUGGCGACUUGUACUCGCUUGGUUGAUUGUGCGGAUGUCGACAGCUAUGAAGCAAGGGUCCAGAUGGCCGCUGCUAGUCGUCAGAAGGUGAUACUCAACAGCAUGGAGUCGUUCUCAGUCGAGAACCUGCAGGCUUUAGUGAUCGUCGCUUUUGAUACAAUAGGUAGUGGUCGAGGUCCAUCGGCAUGGUCGAUUGUAGGGAGCAUGACCAGGACAGUGGAACAGCUCCAGCUUAGUGUCGAAGAGCUCCAAGAGAAUAGAGCGACGGGAAAAGGUGAAUAUCUCAUCAGGCGUAUGGUUUUCUUGCAACCCACGAAGACUUGGUGGCAGGCUGAGGAGCGACGAAGACUCUUCUGGGCCGUAUUUUUGAUGGACCGAUUUUGUUGCGUUUCCACCGGAUGGAACCUCAGUCUCACCAGUGCGGAUGUCCGACGUCGCCUCCCAUGUGAAGGUGCUCUAUGGGAAAAGGAGAAUGAAGUGCUCGCUCCAUUUUUUGGCAUAACUGACAAGAGCUGUUUCCCGGGGAGUAAUAAUGCGACCCUUGUGGACAUGAAAGAUAACUCGGAGCAAGACGCGGUUGGAGGAUUCGCAUACUGCAUCGAAGCCACAGAGUCUCUUACGCUCAUUAUUAACUUCUUCGUUCACCAUGCUUUAGACAUUCAGGAUGCGCAAAAUGCUCAGAUCUGGUUGAUGAGAUUCAAAGAGCUUGAUCUGCGGCUCGUUCAGUGGAAACUAUUCCUGCCUCCCAAGUGGCGAACCGCAUCAGUACUCAAUGAUGAUGGGGUGGUUGAUCCAAACCUCACCCUUGCGCACAUCACACACAACACGGCUGUGAUAUUGCUGCAUCAGAGCAUCGCCUACCCUCCGGCACAUUGGAAGAAUAGUCCGGUUAGACUUCCUUCAAACGUCUCCAUGGACACAUGCAUUGAGGCCGCAACCGAAAUCGCAACUACUGGUCAUCACUUUUUGCACCACUCGCCAAUUCUCACCAAUCCGCAGUUUUCUUUUUGUUUAUUCAUUGCAGGACGCGUGCUGCUCGCCCAUUCCAGAUACACCAGAGUUCCUAUCCCCGACCAACUCGAUACAAUCGUUUCCAACCUGUGGGAGAUAUCUCGCCGGUGGAGUGGCCCUCACACCCUAGAUCGUGAAAAUCUAGCAUCUGUAUUUGCAAAACGACUGGUCAAUGCUAGGAAACACGCAUCUGCCCGUGGUAGCCUCGACAUCCAGCAAACGGUCUACUCAGACUCUCAAUCGGGUGUUAAUUCUGGAGAACAUAAUAGCAACGCAGAGACAUGGAAAUCCAUUGAUUGUCCACGGGAAAUUUUAAAUCGACAAGAAAAUGCCGUUAGCCCUAACUUUCUAUACCAAAUUCAACAUGAUGGUGGCCACGGAGGAUUAACUUAUAGCGGAUUAUCCCCAACCGACUCGUUGAGUAACUCACUUAGCCUCGCCUACCCUCCUCUCCCUGUAUCCUUGCAGCUCCAAUACCAGACUUUGACCGAGUCGAAUAUACUAGAUCCAGUGUUACUUGAAAAAGAGCAGGAGCAACCUUUCUAUGGCACCGGACCAGUAGAAACACUGCCCGUCUCACAAUUUUGGUACUCGGCCUCACAAUAG